AUGAAGAAAACCUUAUUAAAAUAUAGACAUUUUAUUUAUAAUAUUGUUAAACAUAUUGUUGAACAACAUAAUACACGACAAUAUCGACAAAGACAUUUAUUAGAUGUUUUAUUAUUUCUAUAUGGAUUAAUUCGUUUAUUAUUUCCAAUAUUAAUGUAUUUGGAUUCAGAACAAUAUCCAUUCUAUCAAUAUGAUUAUGUUUCGGGAUAUUUUUGGAAAUAUCGUAAAAUUCUUAAUAAAUUUUUUCUCAUAUUAAUAAUAUUAUUUUUAUUAACCGGUUUAGUUGGUUUGAAAAUAUUUUAUUUUACACAUGUCGAUACAUUAAGUUUUCAAGUAUCAUAUGAUUGUAUUGUUUACAAUACGGAUCAAUAUGGGAAAAAAUUGGAACAUGUUGAUCGAAAAUUGUUUCUCAAACAAAAUAAAAUGCGACUAUUUCCAUAUGCAAAUCUAAAAAGUCGUACCUAUACAUUAUUAUUGUUAUUUGUAAUGGAAAUUUCUAAUUUUUUAGGUCAUAUUUUUAUUGGUAAGUAG